GAGUCGGUGGUCAAUACACCACAGUUGGGCGGGAGCGGACUCAGAAAACAUUAGGUCCGCUGUUCAAACACAGGGCAUUGUGCACUUCUCUCAAGGUCUCCGAAAGCCGGUCGAGAGAAGAUCAGAGCCAGUGUUUCUGACAUUUCGUGUGUUGAAACUGAGAACAGAGACUCAUGGAUACCAAAAUGUCUUCAUCCCGCAUUGAAGCUGGGAAAGCAGGGACCACAUUCGUUCAUUUUAUGUGUCAGCGUUGCAAUUUGCCCCUGAAACUUGACUCCAGCUUCAGCGAAUUGUCGAGAGACUUGUUCAAGGAACUCACAGAGCCUCUUAGUGCUGUGUCCGACAUGGAAGAGAGCAUCCAAGUCAUUCGAAAAGAAGAAAUCAAUUUCGAAGAGGAUGAAGAGUUUAGCCGUACUAUCAUGCCAAGUGGCGGGUUUGAAGAAUCUAGUGACUUCACACUGGUCGGUGACCUUGGUACUGGCAGCAUGGAUGCCUUAAGUAUACGAGCACGUGUGACUGGGCAGCUUUUUGACCUCAUGUCUGGCUACUCAGAGAUAGACCAUCCCCUGUGUCAAGAGUGUACUGACCAUCUACUGGACAAUCUUGACUACCAGUUGAAUAUUGUUGAGGAUGAGAACAAGGAAUACAGGGAGUUUUUGGACAAGCUGGGUGUCUCGGAGGACGUUAUCAAUGAGGAAGAACUGGAUGAAGAGCUCCUUCAGCUGCGUGAGGAGGAAAAAAUCUUACAACAGCAGCUACUGGAAGCAGAGAAGGAGAGGGCAAAGGUCGCAGAGGCUAUGGAGAAGGAGAAGGAAAAGGCCAAGCAGUUGGAUUUAGAAGAAGAAAAGUACUGGAAGGAAUUCAAUGACCAGAGCAGACUUGCUCUUGACCUAGAGGAUGAGCAGCGAAGUGUGGACAACCAGCUGAAGUAUGCUCAAGCUCAGUUGGACAGACUCAAGAAGACAAAUGUGUUCAACGCAACAUUCCACAUCUGGCAUGAUGGAGAGUUUGGCACUAUAAAUGACUUCCGAUUAGGAAGACUUCCUGGCACAAAUGUGGAGUGGUCAGAAAUCAAUGCAGCAUGGGGUCAAGUGGUUCUCCUUCUGGUUUCGCUGGCCAACAAAAUUGGUCUCAACUUUACAAAGUACAGACCCGUCCCCUAUGGCAACCACUCUUACAUAGAAGUCUUGGAUGAAAAGAAAGAACUUCCCUUGUACGGCUCAGGAGGCAUCCGUUUCCUUUGGGAUACAAAGUUUGACUCUGCCAUGGUUGCCUUUUUAGAGUGCUUGCAGCAGUUCCGAGAUGAAGUUCAGAAAGAAGACUCAAGUUUCAACCUUCCUUACAAAAUGAGCAAAGGGAAAAUCUUCGAAGGAGAGAAGACCCAGUAUUCCAUCAAAAUGCAGUUCAAUUCGGAGGAACAGUGGACCAAAGCUCUCAAGUACAUGCUAACCAACCUCAAGUGGGCUUUGGCUUGGCUGUCUGCCCGCAGGAGUCUGGGAGAAUGACCAUGCAGUCUUGAAAGCAAACUAGUAGAGAGCGACUGAAAUUAACUUUAAAAAAAUAAUUUUUAAGUUACAAUUCUACACAGGAAUACAAUACAACUAAUUUCUGUAAUUACCAAAUACUGUGAAUGCCUAAACUUUUUCAUUAAAAAACCCAACUUUUAAAAGUAAUUGCUCUGUUCAGGAAACAAACUUGUUUAAAAAUUGUGGCCUGCAGAGAAAGCUGAAUAAAUGGUGUUGGAUAGAAACUGAACUGUUGGUUGAAUAUGGUUGAGCAUUUCCCAUCAUUGUCUGUCUAUUGCAUGAAAAACUGACUUAAUUGUACAAUGAAAAUGUGCUUAGUAAAUGAAAAAAAAAAA